AAAAAUUCUAACCUCUCCAUCUCCUAACCUAAAACCAAAAAAUCAUACGGUAUUUAUUUACAAAUUUUUCCAAUAAUAUUAUUUCCUUCCGAAAUGCUGGAAUUUCAAGAUUGGAAAGACUUCUCUAUCAGCUCUUGGUAUCAUUUAUUCUCAGAAGACACCAUUAAGAGCAUUAUCAUUGAAAUACAAAAGGAUUUACUUAAUAAAUUAUUGAACUCUAACAAUGGAGAAGAAUCAGAGGAAGUUGAAUGUUCGAGUGAAUGUUUAGUGCCUAUACAGAAUGGACUAAAUGAGCUGAAUAAAAGUGCCUUUGUUAGAAAUAAUUGGCGAUCACCCUCAGAUGCUAAAGCGUUUAGUUUUGGAAAUAGUCUUAAAGUUACUAACAUUGAGGAUUUAAUUCUUUUUUUUUCCGUAUCAGAUCGGAUAACAAGGGAUUUAGAGACUGACAAAGGUAUUCCCUUCUGCAUAGUCCUAAGGCCAUGGCUUAAUAUACAUCCUGCAUCUGAAUUUAGGUGUAUUGUAGUGAACAAUAUUUUGAGAGGAAUUACUCCAAGAGAUUGGCCAUCUUAUUAUGCUCACUAUAAAGAAGAUGGACCUCAAAUUGUGAAUAAACUUCACAACUUCUUCAAAAGCAAGAUAGCACAUAAAUUUCCGCGUUCAAACUAUAUAUUCGAUGUAAUUUGUGUUUUGCCUGAUGAAACUAUUAUUGUGGAUUUUUCACCCCUGAAUAAUAAAACAAAUCUGCUCGCAUUCAGUUGGAAGGAAAUUCAUCCGAUAAUUAAAAAGAAUUCUAAAGAAGAAGUAUCACCAGUGUUCAGGUAUCUUGAGUCUGAUAUUGGAAUUAUGACAAAGGCAAAUGCACAAUUGAGAUUCUCAAACAUUGUGUGAAAAAUUGGGCUGCCACAGUACGGACCUAAGACUGGAUAGAACUUAUUCUGAUUGAAAUUUACACUUUUGACCACUGUACUUUCACAUCAAGAUUCUUAACAGUUUUUAACUGGUGGUGUUAUGUAUUCUUUCCUGUUCACUCCUAUAUGUUCUUGUUCACAUUAUCAAUAUGCUAAUCAUCCGGUUGUAUGUUCAUGCAGAACAAAUACAAAUUCAUGAUAUUUCAA